GUCAGCGGCUGCUCACUGCGCCGCGCCAGUACUAGACGGGACUCACCGGCAGCUCCAUGCUUGUGCCCGGCUCGACUCGUCCAUCCUUGGAGAAGAGGCAGCCCAUGAGGCUCCCAGUCCCCACUGAGUGCCGCCCUGAAGGAUGUCCCAGCUCUCCUCUACCCUGAAGCGCUACACAGACUCGGCCCGCUACACUGAUGCCCCUUAUGCCAAAUCAGGCUAUGGCACCUACACUCCCUCUUCCUAUGGAGCCAACCUGGCUGCCUCCUUCCUGGAGAAGGAGAAGCUUGGUUUUAAGCCAGGCCCCCCAACCAACUUCCUCACUCGUCCCCGGACCUAUGGCCCCUCUUCCUUCCUGGACUAUGACAAGGGCCGCCCCCUGCUGAGACCUGACGUCAUUGGGGGUGGUAAGCGGGCAGAGAGCCAGACUCAAGGCACUGAGUGGCAUUCAGGGAGCGGACUCAGCGGGGGCAGUGGAUUUCCUUAUGGAGUGACCAACAGCUCCCUCAGCUACCUGCCCGGGACUGCCCGGGACCAGGGUAUAACCUUGACCCAGAAGAAGUCCAGCAGUCAAUCAGACCUGGCCCGGGAUUUCUCCAGCCUCCGGACCUCAGAUAGCUAUCGGAUAGACCCUGGGAACCUGGGCCGCAGCCCCAUGCUGGCCAGCACACGCAAGGAGCUGUGCGCCCUGCAGGGGCUCUAUCAGGCAGCCAGCCGCUCGGAGUACCUGGCAGACUACCUGGAGAACUAUGGUCGAAAGGGCAGCACCCCUCUGGUGCCCACCCAGGCCCCUCCUUCUCGAGUCCCUGAAGUUCUCAGCCCCACCUACCGACCCACCGGCCGUUACACUCUGUGGGAGAAGAGUAAGGGCCAGGCCCCUGGGUGCAGCCGCUCCAGCUCCCCAGGGCGAGACACCAUGGACGCCCAUUUCAGGAUGCAUGCACUCCACGAGGAUCCAGCAGCACUCUCGGAAAUGGUCAGCUACCCCCACAUACACUGCAGUUCUCACUCUCCACUUUGCCACCCAGCAUGCCAGGGUCCCCUGCGGGCCCUGGACCAUCCCGGACUGCAUGCUGAAGCCCCCCACCCGCCAGUGUUCCCUGUGAAUUCUAAGAGCGCCCAGGGUCUCGCUGGUCUUCGAAACCUUGGGAACACGUGCUUCAUGAACUCCAUUCUGCAGUGCCUGAGCAACACCAGGGAGCUGAGGGAUUACUGCCUCCAGAGGCUCUACGUGCGGGACCUCAGCCACAGCAGCAGUGGCCACACAGCCCUCAUGGAAGAGUUUGCAAAACUAAUCCAGACCAUAUGGACUUCGCCCCCCAAUGAUGUGGUGAGCCCGUCUGAGUUCAAGACCCAGAUCCAGAGAUACGCACCACGCUUCGUCGGCUAUAAUCAACAGGAUGCUCAGGAGUUUCUUCGCUUUCUUCUGGAUGGGCUCCACAACGAGGUGAACCGGGUAACAGUGAGGCCUAAGUCCAACCCCGAGAACCUCGAUCAUCUUCCUGAUGAUGAGAAAGGGCGACAGAUGUGGAGGAAAUAUCUAGAACGGGAAGACAGUCGGAUCGGGGAUCUCUUUGUCGGGCAGCUCAAGAGCUCCCUGACAUGCACUGACUGUGGUUACUGCUCUACAGUCUUUGAUCCCUUCUGGGACCUCUCGCUGCCCAUCGCUAAGCGAGGUUAUCCUGAGGUAACUUUAAUGGACUGCAUGAGGCUCUUCACCAAAGAGGAUGUGCUUGACGGCGAUGAAAAGCCAACAUGCUGUCACUGCCGAGCCAGAAAACGAUGUAUAAAGAAGUUCUCCAUCCAGAGGUUCCCAAAGAUCUUGGUGCUCCAUCUGAAGCGGUUCUCGGAAUCCAGGAUACGAACCAGCAAGCUCACAACAUUUGUGAAUUUCCCACUAAGAGACCUGGACUUAAGAGAAUUUGCCUCAGAAAACACCAACCAUGCUGUUUACAACCUGUACGCUGUGUCCAAUCACUCUGGAACCACCAUGGGCGGCCAUUACACAGCCUACUGCCGGAGCCCAGUGACAGGCGAAUGGCACACUUUCAAUGACUCCAGCGUCACACCCAUGUCCUCCAGCCAAGUGCGCACCAGCGACGCCUAUUUGCUCUUCUACGAAUUGGCCAGUCCGCCCUCCCGCAUGUAGCAGCAAGGAGCUACAUCCCUUCCUCCCUUCCCUGUGGUGGCCCCACACCCGAAGUUUUUUUUUUAAGACACACACACACACACACACACACACACACACACACACACACACAGAACCUGACAUUUAAGAGAAAAAUAAAGGAAACUAAAGCUGCUGAGCAGGAGUUGCUGCAGCCUGGUCAGGGUCUGGAGUGCAGAACCCGGAGCCUCUGAGCCACACCUGGCACGAAGAUCGACAGGACACAGAGCCGGAGCCAGCACAGAGUCCCCUCGGCUUCUCUUGUGUGCAUUUUUAAGCUUGUGGUUUUUUCCUGUGUGUAAUAAACAACAGCGGUCUGUGGGGAGAAGA